UGAAAAUAUCAGAAGAAUGUAGAGCAAAUGAGCUUUUAAAAGUCCAACACUUUGCGCGAUGUUUCACAAUACCAGUUUUAUUUUGAAAGCAAAUGUGUGAAGUUUUAAUGUGCAAUACAGCUAGCAUCCUGUGACAAGCCUUUAAGUGAUUUUGAGAGCGGGAAGAAUCACAAUUUCUGUGGAGUAGGGACAGAGGAACAUGACUCCAUCCCCAGUGAAGUACACCAUUGGAGGGGUGAAGAUCGACUUCCCCUGCAAGGCUUACCCGUCCCAGCUGGCUAUGAUGAAUUCAAUCAUACGAGGGCUGAAUGGAAGGCAGCACUGUUUAUUAGAGUCUCCGACUGGCAGUGGAAAGAGCUUGGCACUACUUUGUUCUGCUCUGGCUUGGCAGAGUGCUCAGUUUGAAGGAGGAAGCACAGAUCCCAACAAGAGCCAGAAGUCCGAUGCCCCCACCCACUGCCAGUGUGAGUGUCACAGCAGCACCAAGGUGACAGCAGCAGCCACAUCAGCGUCAGCAGCCAAAUAUGAUGUUGUGGACCUCACUCUGUCACCCUGCAAACAGCCAGCCAAGCCGUUUACUGCAGCACAAGAAGACAUGCCGUUACCAGAAGAGCAUCAAUCCAGAAAACAGUCCAUAGCUUCUCGACUGUCUGAGAAGUUCCAGGCGUCUCUCAGCUCUGACUGCGAGAAAGACGACGACUUCCAGCCAGACAGGAAACGCAUUCGCACUGCAGAGCACACGAGCAGUAAAAGGCAGCGUCGGGAACGGGGAGUUGUGUUCAUAGACGAUGAGCCGGAGCCGGAAAAUCAGCUGUCGGGACCUCAGAGUGCAGAGACGAAACACCAAACAGCCGGUUUGUCCUCCGCAGACUACGCCCCUGAACCCUGUUCACAGUGCCCAUGUGCUUCAACCAAGGAUGGAAUUAAGGACAAAGACAAAGUUGGCAGAAAGAAAAUCCCUAAGAUCUUCUUUGGCACUCGUACGCAUAAACAGAUCACCCAGAUCACCCACGAGCUGAGGCGCACUGUUUACUGCGGUGUGCCCAUGACCAUCUUGUCCAGCAGAGAUCACACCUGUGUCAACCCGGAAGUGGUACCUCACUCAAACCGCAAUGAACGCUGCAAGGAGCUGCUGGAGGCCAAAGAUGGAAGGUCAUGCCGCUACUUCCACGGUGUCCAGAAGUUGCGGGAUCGGAACCGUCUGCACCAUGUUUAUGGACUGAAUGCAGCCUGGGACAUCGAGGACCUGGUCGCACUGGGCAAACGCUCUGGCUCAUGCUCUUACUUUGCUGCUCGUGAACUUAUGCAAGACGCCUGGAUCAUCUUCUGCCCAUAUAACUACCUGCUGGACCCAAUGAUCAGAGAGAGCAUGGAGAUUGACCUGACAGGCCAGAUACUGGUGCUGGAUGAAGCCCAUAACAUUGAGGACUGUGCAAGGGAGAGUGCCAGUUUCACACUGGACCACAAAACUCUGCUGUCGUCUAGAGAUGAGCUGGACAACAUGGUCAGGAACAACAUCAGAAGGUCCAAACACGAGCCUCUCAGAGACUUCUGCUUCUGUCUGAUCAACUGGAUCCAGGAGAGCCAGAGCCUGAUGUCUGACCGGGACUAUGAGACUUCCAGUAAAGUUUGGAGUGGGAGGGACGUCGUGAGCAUCUUUCACACUUUGGGCAUCACUCCUGACACCUUCAACAUUAUGAAGGAAAACCUGGCAGCAGUGUUGGAGAAGGAGGAGAGUGUUGGAGUUGUUAAUGGGAAAGAGGAGAUGGUGCAGAUUCCAACCAUCAACUCACUUACUUCAAUUAUGCUCAAAAACCUUUUCAUGGUGCUAGACUUCCUCUUCAGGGGCAACUGCAGGUUUGCUGAGGACUACCGGGUUGCUUUGCAGAAGAGCUAUGAGUGGACAAAUCGGGUUGCCCCUGAUAUCCCGGAUGCCCAGGGCUUUGUGGUUCGGCCACGUUCGAGACGCCAGAAUGUCCGAGUUAAGACUGAAGUCCUGACCCUGAGCUUCUGGUGCCUUAACCCUGGUGUGGCUUUCUCUGACUUGAAUGGGUCAGUACACAGCAUUGUGUUGACCUCUGGAACCCUGUCACCCAUGGACUCCUUCUCCUCUGAACUUGGUGUGAAAUUCCCUAUCCAGCUGGAGGCCAACCACGUGAUCAAAAAGUCUCAGGUCUGGGUGGGCACUGUUGGUGCAGGACCCCAAGGCAGAAAGCUCUGUGCCACCUUUCAGCACGCAGAGACGUACAUCUUCCAGGAUGAAGUGGGUGCUCUGCUGCUCCAUGUCUGCCAGGUCAUGGCCAAGGGUGUGCUGUGCUUUUUACCUUCCUACAAGAUGCUGGACAAGCUGAGAGACCGAUGGAUCAACACUGGUCUCUGGGAGAAGCUAGAACAGCAGAAAACUGUGAUCACAGAGCCCCGUGGUGGUGGCAAGGGAGAUUUUGACAAGCUGCUUCAGACAUACUACAAUGCCAUCAAAUACUGUGAGGAAAGAGAUGGUGCACUGCUGAUUGCUGUGUGUAGGGGUAAGGUGAGUGAAGGGCUAGAUUUUACAGAUGACAACGCCAGGGCAGUAGUCACCAUUGGAAUUCCCUUCCCGAACUUUAAAGACCUCCAGGUGGAACUGAAAAUGAAGUACAACGACCUGCACUGCAAGUCGAGAGGUCUUCUCCCAGGCAGCCGCUGGUAUGAGAUUCAGGCGUACAGAGCUCUAAACCAGGCCCUGGGGAGGUGUAUCCGCCACAGGAAUGACUGGGGAGCUCUGAUUCUGGUGGAUGAUCGUUACAGGAAUAAUCCUAAUAAGUACAUCACAGGUCUGUCUAAAUGGGUCCGCCAGCUCGUCCAGCAUCACAGCACCUUCAGCAAUGCGAUGCAGUCUCUGGUUGCGUUCUCUCAGGUGCAGCAGCAGAUGGAUGAGGCCCCUGCUGACAGACAGGCCAUCGGCUCUACUGUCUCAUCUCCCAGCAGCAACGUAGCAGCAACUGUAGAGGGACACAGUCUGCCUAAGGCUUCAGAACCCGAGAUACUUACCUCAUGUGUCAGACUACCUGAAUCACAGCAGGACACAAGCCCCUCAACCGAACUCGCUUUUUGUCAUACACAACCGAAAGCUGAACAGAAUGAAAAAGCAGAACACUUGAAGAUGCCGUACAGUCAGCCAGCAGAGCCUCUUCAUCUUCAAGAAAGAGCAGCACCGCCUCUGUACCCGAUGUUCACCUCCAGCCCCGCCAAUACCGGCUUCAAGAAGCCAAUUUUUAAAAGAAGUGCACCCGGUAAUUCUUCCCAGGAAACAUCCAGGUAUUCUGACGACAAAGAAAACCACCAGAUCUCCUCUCCAUCACUGACGACGGAGGUGUUUUGGCUUAAAGAAGGAGCUGGAAAUGGUGCCAGUGAAACCAAAGGAGAACCAGACAAUCUGGCUCCGGAGCCCACUCCAGUAACAGCCUUGCCCAAUUGUGAAAGUGAACCACCCCCAGCAGGCAGUUCAGAUGAAGAUGAUGAGGACCCGACUGUUUUCUUUACUCCAGAACUUUUCGAGGAUGAACAAGAUGAAGGCAGCACACAGAAAGAGAUGAAGGCAGAGUCACCUCCCGAGGUGGUCUUAGGGGCAGAGAGCAUGACCCCACUGUCAGAAGAACUUUCUGGCUCUGAGCAGGCCCACAGGCGAGGGCACACCUCUGCUUUUGAUGGACAGAGUGCUAUUUCAGUCAGUGAGGAGAGCAUAGAACUGUCACAGGGAAAGAAAGAAGAAAUCAGAGGACAGAAGCAAGGUGAGGAGAGACAGGAGGGUGGAACACAGCGUAGACAGACGGGCAGUAGGCUUCACAGGCUAUCUAAGUCCAGACAGAAAGCCUCCUCCACUCCAACAGGUGUCUAACUGCUAGGACACAGGAAGUAGUUUGGACAAAGCAGAAUGUCUUACAUGCAGAUAUAGAUAAAAAAAAUAUAUUAAAAGCAGAUUCAUAUUGAAACAGAUUGAAGUGCAAUAUAAAGUACCACAUUAAGUUCAUCACUACUGCUGAAAAAUCUUUAGAUUUGAUGUAUUCAGAGUUCCUUUUUCAGAAUUUCCUGUCUUGUAAAGUAUCUAAGUAUGUUAGAAGUGCCUUAGGCAGUUAGCUCACUCACCAUGCAGACAGGAGACGAUGAGGCUUUGGCCAUCUCACAUCAGCUCCUUACGGAGUGUGACAGCUCAGCUUAUUAAGGUCUGUUCUCUGAUUAAAAAGCACACAUAACUAACCAACAGUGUUGACAUUGCUGCGUUGGAUGUCUGUUUAGACAGAUCAUUAAAAUACAAAGGAGAAGCUUGUUUUGUACAGAGGAAUGUGAUCAUUUAGUUCUCUUUAAUGAUGUGUUUGUAGAUUAUGGGUGAGGAACCGGGGUGCUUUAGACACGUCUGAUUAAACCAAAGAAAGGAGUUUUUCAUUUUAAUUUCACUUCCAAUUGUGUUGUUGUCUGUGUUGCAGUAAGUACAGACUUUUGCAUAAAUUC